CAAUAUCUUCUCUCUCUUCUUCAAUCUCUCGUACCAAGGCAAGGCACUUAGGCACCCGAGGAGGGGAGUUUCAGAGCGACGAGAGACAGAGCAGGGAAGCGGAGAGAGAAGGGGUGAAGUUGGUGAAAAUGAAGCUUUCUUCGAAGACCAUGUCGAGUCCGGGUCGGACCGAGAAGUUCCCACCGCCAUUGAUGAGGUUUUUGAGGAGUAAUGUGGGGAGCAGAAGCAGAGGUAGGUCACGUUCCAGCCCUAUGUUCGUGAGGAAGAAGAACACUGCUAUUGAAACCCAGGAGCCUUCUUCUCCAAAGGUUACGUGUAUUGGUCAAGUCCGAGUCAGGCGGUCCAAACAGGGCAGUGGCAAGGCUACUAAGGCUCGGAAAAAGCCCCGAGGGUGGUGCAGGUGGAUCAGAAAUGCUCUGUGUUGCAACCAUUUCGUUGGGAGGCUGAAGCCUAAGCCAUUUCGACCAGUUUGGCGCAAGUGGGUCUUGUUUUUUAGAGUUCGAUUUCGGAGAAAAUCCGAAAUUAGAGAGGAUUCAUCGAGAAUUGAAUCAAAACUGGAAGAUAGAGUCGAAGAAUCAGAGCAAAGCGACGACGUAGGAAACGAAGAAGAAGAAGCAAGGGUUUUUUAUUCUUCGUCCUUCUCACCACCCAAAAACGCUUUACUGCUAACCCGAUGCAGAUCUGCUCCGUACAGGUCAUCAUCCCUCGCCAGUCGGUUCUGGGGUUCGCCUUUGGCCACAGAGGAAGAGCAAAAAACAGAGCCAGAAAACACAGACCAACAAAACCCCACAUCGGAAAACGAACCCAGCAGCAGAGAUUCGGCUGCAGAAUCGAGAACAGAUCCAGAAACUGAUAGAGACUCCGAAUAUUUGAACCAAUCUGAAGAUUCGACCAGUGAAAGAAGCACAAAACCCACCAAAACCGAAGCAUUCAAAACAGGGGAAGAAGCCACUGCUCGUCCUCUUAUACUCACCAGGUGUAAAUCAGAACCGGCGAGAACCGGAGCUAGGCUCAACCCGGACACCACUCUGUUUUGGAAGAAGAGAAGUCCCACUGUACAGGCCAUUUCUCCCCAAUAAAAUUCUGCCGCGUCACUAUAUACAACUCUGCUUUCAUGCAUUAUGUGUAUAAAAAAACUUGAUAACUCAGCCUAGUUGCUCCACAAGUGUACAGGUGAAAGUUGAAACUUGAAACUGCACCCAAAGUCUCAAGUCUUCAUUUUAUUUUUAAUUUUCUUUUUCUUGAUUUAUUAUUACUCUGUUUUUUUUCACAUCCGAGGGGUGUACUAAGAGAAUCUCUAUGGCCUAUGGUAAUAUAAAAAGCGAGGUUGGAUCGUACGCUGAGAGAGAUGAAACAAUAAAGCUGUUGUGCAUUCAUCUACUCUGCCACCCCUCAUGGGCAGGUGUAUUUACUACUGUCUUUAGUGCCAUCGAAGUAUCAAACUAUUCUACACAUUUUCUUGGUACAUUUUUCAGUGUUCUGGUUUUCUGCCAUUUUCUUUGUGGGGUUUUGGGGAUUGGGGUUUGGGGUUUUGGUGUUCUUUUAUUAAAUUUUCAUCCUCUUUGGAUACCCUGACCCUUUUUCUUCCCCUGUUUGAUAAGGAUUCAUAUGAUAUCUUCAUGGUGUGACCCACCUGUUCUGCUUCUACUGUUCAAUGCUGGCCCUUGCAUUUGUUGGGUUUUUCAUUUAUAGUAAUGCUGAUGAAAAGCUUGUUUCUUGAUGGGCUUGUUUGACUUUAAGACCAUUUAUGUCAAGUCUAAGAUUGGUGCUUGAAUGCAGUAAAAGAAAUCUAUAAUUGUCUGUAUUAUGCGAAGCCUAUAAAUUUCAUAGGCUGAAGAGUCAGUUAGAUAGGGAAACCUGGGGCUGGAAUCAAACUAUGAAGCUUAAUUGCUGCAAAUCUUUGUACGGCAGGUUAAUUACUUUGAACCCAUGCGUUUGCUGCAGGGGAAAACUUAUCUUUUCAUCAGUUGCCUUUUAUGAUUUGAUUAGUGGGAAAUGGGCACCUUAAAUCGUGGAUGUUCACAUUCCAGUAGUCACUGCUGCCUACAUUUACUACUAGGUUUUGGGACCCAUGGGGCCUUAUAUUAGUAGUAAACGGUGGUCAUGAGCUUGACUGGUUUCUCAACAGUUCUGUCAUUUGCAACUUUAUGAUGAUGAUAGAGUUGACAUUUGAUUAAGUGAUUAGAGGUGGCAACUGAAUAAAAUAUGAUAUGCUUUUGACUCUUUGGUCAUGCUGUCUCACCUCAAGAGAAAAGGCCAACUCUUUACUAAUCCAAUUAUGUAGCCAUCUUAUAGCAUCAAUAUAGCUAGAGCCUCUGGAACAUGUUAAUGUAAAUUGGUGAUGGUAUUUGGAUUCCCACUUUGAAUGGGGCUUUGUAUCUUCUAAGACCCCAAAAUAUAAAUUUGACUUCCUUGUGUUGGGCAUGGCAGUCUGGAUGCCUGUUAUAGUUUCAUCCAAUCUGAUUUUGCCACGUUGCAGACCCAGUAACACAAAGCUCAGUCCUUGUCAUAUCACAGGCUAAUAGGA